CUCCUCCCUACUUUCCUCCUUCUCCUCACCACCGCAAACCCCCUUUUCUUCCUUCGUUGCUGCCUCCCUUCGCCAUGGCUGCUGACGCUCGAGUCACCGGCCAGAAGGAGGCCUCGUACCAUCUCCCGCCAGUCGACUCAGUCAUCCCCGCAGGCCAAAAUUUCACGAUUCAUCACCUGCGCUGUCUCGACGUCAAGAUCCACUUGGGAUUUUACCUCUUCCCGCACAUCUUCCACACCCUCUUCACCACGCUCAAGUCGUCCACGUACGUUUUGAUUCAGGAUCGGAAUGUUGCUGGUAUCUAUGGGCAAGCGCUGCAGCAGGCUUGGGAGACUGCGACACAAGGGAUGGAGAAGCAGCCUAGGCUUCUUACGUACACGCUACCGCCGGGGGAGAUGACAAAGUCCCGCCAGGUCAAGGAGGAGAUUGAGGAUUGGAUGCUCGAGCAGGGGUGUGUGCGUGAUACCGUACUGAUUGCAUUCGGCGGAGGCGUCAUCGGCGACUUGUCUGGCUUUGUAGCAGCGACCUUCAUGCGCGGUAUCAAGUACGUUCAGGUACCCACGACCCUCCUCGCGAUGGUUGAUAGCGCCGUAGGCGGCAAGACAGCCAUUGACACCCCUCACGGCAAGAACCUCGUGGGCGCCUUCUACCAGCCGCAGUACAUCUUCAUCGAUGCUGGUCUGCUUCGCACCCUCCCGGAACGGGAGUUCAGCAAUGGCAUGGCCGAAGUUGUCAAGACGGCAGCCAUUUGGGAUGCUGCAGACUUUGCGAAGCUCGAGUCAGAGUAUGCCGCCAUUCGCUCGGCGGUGCUCGACCGCGAGGCACAGCAGUCUGCGACGCAGGGAAGGCAUUCAUCGGACCGCACUAUUGCGCAGGACCUACUGCUUGAUGUCAUCCGUGGCUCUGUGGGCGUCAAGUCGCACAUUGUCACCAUCGACGAGAAGGAGACAGGUUUGCGCAAUCUCGUCAACUUCGGUCACUCCAUCGGCCACGCCAUCGAAGCCGUCCUCACGCCCGAAAUCUUGCACGGCGAAUGCAUUUCCAUCGGUAUGAUUCUGGAAGCAGAGCUCUCACGGCGCUUGUCAAGCUUCGCACAGGUCAACAUCGGCAGACUCACAAAGGUCCUCAAGGCUUACAAUCUGCCCGUGUCAGUCACCGAUCCGCGCAUCGCGUCUCUGGACAAGGCGAGAGAGCUCACGACACAGAGAAUCCUGCAGAUCAUGCGAGUGGACAAGAAGAAUGUUGGAGACACAAAGAAGAUCGUACUUCUUGCUGAGAUUGGGCGAUGUCAUGAGGAAAAGGCCACUGCUGUGCACGACGAUGUUAUUCGACGCGUCUUGGCACCGCAGGUCAGAGUCAUGCCCGUCAUCCAGGAAGCGGCCGCUUCGAGUACCCCCGCGAGGCUGUCAACACCCGGCAGCAAGUCCAUCUCAAACCGCGCCCUCGUCCUCGCGGCCCUCGCCAAGGGCACAACAAAGCUGCGCAACCUCCUUCACUCGGACGACACUGCUGUCAUGAUGACUGGCCUGGGUCAACUCAAGGCAGCUGAAUUCCAAUGGGAAGAAGGAGGAGAGGUAGUUGUGGUCAAUGGUCGAGGUGGCGCGCUCGUCACCCCGCCUACAGGCACGGAAAUCUAUCUCCAGAACGCAGGCACAGCAGCCCGCUUCAUGGCCACGGUUGUUGCCCUCGCCAAAGAUGCGGAAGGCAAGGGUCGCCCGACGGUCAUCACGGGAAACGCUCGCAUGAAGCAGCGCCCCAUCGCACCCCUUGUCGAAGCACUGCGCUCUAACGGCGUACAGAUUCAGCACCCAGAGCAAGACGGCUUCCUACCUCUUGCCGUGUCAGGCGAGCAAGGAUUCCGUGGGGGUCGCAUCGAGCUCGCUGCCUCCAUCUCAAGCCAGUAUGUCUCCUCUAUUUUGCUGUGCGCUCCUCUCGCCAAGGACGAGGAUGUUGUGCUCGAGCUGGUAGGCGGUAAAGUCAUCUCGCAGCCUUACAUCGACAUGACGAUCGCUAUGAUGAGGGACUUUGGUGCCAAGGUGGAGCGACUGGCCGACCCUAGUACGGGCCAGCCUACGGAUACGUACCGUAUUGCCCGCGGCGGGUACACCUCCCCUGGGGCUUACGACGUCGAGUCUGACGCAAGCUCGGCCACCUAUCCCCUCGCCCUCGCAGCAAUCACUGGCUCAGGUGUCGUGGUUGAAAAGAUUGGCUCUUCCUCGCUGCAAGGUGACGCACGUUUUGCCACAGAUGUCCUGGCGCCCAUGGGCUGCAAAGUCACCCAGACACCCACCGAGACACAAGUCCUCGGCCCAAGCGGUGGGGCGCUUCACCAGUUCGAGAGCGGAGAUGUUGACAUGGAGCCUAUGACGGAUGCGUUCCUCACUGCCGCCGUGCUGCUCGCCGUGGCUGGCCCUAACCCCGAAUCUGGCGCCAAGUCGACUCGAAUCCGAGGAAUCGCCAACCAGCGAGUCAAAGAGUGCAAUCGUAUUCAAGCAAUGAUGGACCAACUGGCCAAGUUCGGCGUCAAGACUGUUGAGCACGAGGACGGGCUUGAAGUCUUUGGCAUGGACAGGUCUCAGCUCAAGACAGGUGUGUCGGUGCACUGCUACGAUGAUCAUCGCGUCGCUAUGGCGUUUAGUAUUCUGGCAGCUGUUGUGCCUGGCAGAGAAGGCACGGUGCUUGAGGAGAAGAGGUGUGUCGAGAAGACGUGGCCUAAUUGGUGGGACGACUUGGAGACGAAGCUUGCUGGAGCGGUUCAAGGCGUAGACGGCGACCUUCUUGACCACCACGCUGCAGCUACCUCUUCGACAGCAGCGUCAUCGUCCCUCCUCACUACCCCUCUCAGCAAGCUCGACAACUCGCAAACACCGCGAGUCUACCCCAACGACGCGACAAUCUUCAUUAUCGGGAUGCGGGGCUCUGGCAAGACGCACCUGGGACAAGUGGCCGCUCGCGCACUGAGCCGCACCUUCCUUGACGCCGACGUCCUCUUCGAGGAGAAGCAUGGAGUGCUCGGCGAGUUCGUCAAAGCUCAUGGUUGGCCAGGCUUCAGGAAGGCAGAAGCCGAGCUGCUCGCCGACUUGAUCCGUUCGAGGGGAACAGGUUGUGUCAUCUCGCUGGGCGGGGGAGUAGUGGAGGGCGAGGCGAAUCGAGCGCUGCUCAAGGCCUACGCAAACAAGCAGGGGCCAGUAGUGCAUACGGUGAGGGAUUUGGCAGAGAUUGCCGCCUUCCUGUCUACGUCGGACCGACCGGCGUGGGGUGAGCCCAUGGAGGAUGUGUGGCAGAGGCGAAAGCCUUGGUUUGCGGAGUGCUCCAGUCAUGAGCUGGUGAAUCUGGCUAGUGUCUCUGGCCUAGCCAACAAGGCCAAUGGCGCCACGCCCAAUGAAAAUGCCGGCGCUCUGGACGCUUCGUCAUCAGCUGCGAUAUCCAUCGCUCCAGCGCGCAAUCAAGAAGCUCAAGUCUCGGCCUUCUUCCGAUUCAUCUCUGGCCAGGACACGAACCACGUCGAUAUCGCUGCGCAGAGUAUUGAUGGCCAGGUGCGCCCGAGCUACCUGCUCACCCUUACCUUCCCGGACUUGAUCCCCGCUCUGCCACUGCUGGACGAAAUCUCCACGGGCUCAGACGCUCUGGAGCUGCGUGUCGACCUGCUCUCACCCACGGGUGCAGCGCCCAAGGAGCCGGCCGUGCCGCCGAAGGAGUACGUGGCCCUUCAGCUCACCGCACUUCGCCAGCGCACUAGCCUGCCUAUCGUCUUUACGGUCCGCACCAAAUCGCAAGGUGGCCUCUUCCCUGACAAUGCGCAGGACGAGUACUUCAGCCUCGUCCAGCUCGCUCUCCGCAUGGGCGUUGAGUACCUCGAUGUUGAGAUUCAGUGGCCCACUGUCGCACUCGAGGCCUUGCGCGCCCAGAAGGGGCGUACGCAGAUCUUGGCAAGCUACCACGACUGGACGGGCAAGCUCAACUGGGCAAGCACCGACACCUGGUCGCACUACGAGCGUGCAGUCAAGUAUGGUGACGUGCCCAAGCUUGUAGGCAAGGCCAACACAAUGCAGGACAACUGGGACCUGGAGACCUUCCGCCUGAAAGCCGCGAAAGCUCACCCGAGCAAGCCAUUGCUGGCGAUCAAUAUGGGCUCUCUGGGGCAGGCGUCGCGUAUUCUGAACACCACGCUCUCGCUGGUUACGCACGAAGCCAUGCCUUUCCCUGGUGCACCGGGGCAAAUGUCUGUCGCGCAAGUUCAACGGGCGCGUCACCUGCUUGGCUUGAUGCCGCAGAAGCGCUUCUUCCUCUUUGGCAGCCCCAUUGCCCACUCCCUCAGCCCGUGCUUGCACAAUACCGCGCAUCAAGCUCUCGGACACCCGCAUGUCUACGAGCGCUUUGAGGCCACUGAGGUAACGCAGCAGCUGAAAGAGUUGAUUCGAAGUAACGGGUUCGGCGGUGCGAGUGUGACUAUCCCCCUCAAGGUCGCCAUCAUGGCAGAGAUGGAUGAGCUGACGCCUGUGGCGACGAUCAUCGGAGCGGUCAACACAGUCAUUCCUGUGCGCGACCAAAGUGGCAAGCUGCGCUUGAUUGGCGACAACACCGACUGGAUGGCUAUACACUCGCUAUGCAAGCAGCACCUUCCCGGUGCCACCACCAGCAAUGCCGCCCCUCUGACCUCCCUAGUAAUCGGAGCAGGCGGAUCAGCUCGUGCUGCUCUCUACGCUGCCUACCGAUUGGGCUCGCAGCGCAUCUUCCUCUACAACCGCACCCUUUCGAAGGCCCAGGAGCUUGCGCAGUCGCUGCCAAAGGAGUGGAACAUCGUCGUCCUUGACUCCCUUGACGCUGCCGAGCUGGUGGAAGCCAAGCCGCGCGCGAUCAUCUCUAACGUCCCCGCCGACGGUACGAGUCUUUCUGCUACCUCUGGCGCCGGGGUCAUCCUCCCUUCCACCCUCCUGCAGGGUCGAGGUGGGGUAGCGGUGGACAUGAGCUACAAGCCGCACAAGACGCCGUUGCUCGAAUUGGUGGACAAGACCAACAACGAAGCGGCAACGGCAACCCUUUCUGCCUCCGACGCAGGGUCAACGGGUAGAUGGACCGCUGUCCCUGGUCUGACCAUCUUGCUUGAGCAAGGCUGUCAGCAGUUUAAAUUGUGGACGGGACGUGAGGCGCCUAGGGCGUUGGUGGAGAGGGAGUGUUGGGCGGAGUAUGUAAAGUAGUGAGGGGAAGGAAGGGUCAGAAGCGCUGAGACGAGGGUAAGCAAAGUACUCUAGAUGAUGGAAUAUGGAUAUCGAUGACAUUGCGCAUGCC